CCUAAGUAUCCGCAACUGACUGCGUACCGCACUGCACUGCGUAUCGGGGCGUCGUCAUCUCACAGCGCUUGCCAACAACCUCGCGCCAUUUUCCCGUCAGCGCAUCUCUUCGCAUGACAUACCUAGAAUUGGGUUCUUGACACGCCGCCCAGACUCGAUCCGACGAAGCUGCAGCAGCCGACCGAGAGCAACAUGUCGAAUCCAGCGCCGCCUGAGGACCAGGCCCGCCUCCUCGAGGAUGCCCUGAUCGCUGUGCGCCAGCAGACGGCCCUCAUGCGCAAAUGCCUCGACACACCGGGAAAGCUGAUGGACGCUCUCAAGUGCUGCUCUACCCUCGUUUCUGAACUCCGAACCAGUAGCCUCGGGCCCAAGCAGUACUAUGAGCUGUACAUGUCUGUCUUCGAUGCCUUGCGCUACCUGUCGGUCCACCUGCGCGAGAACCAUCCCGUCAACCACCUCGCCGACCUGUACGAGCUUGUCCAGUAUGCCGGCAACAUCAUUCCCCGCCUCUACCUCAUGAUGACGGUCGGCACCGCCUACAUGUCGAUCGAAGGCGCGCCUGUCAAGGAGUUGAUGAAGGACAUGAUGGACAUGAGCCGUGGCGUCCAACAUCCCAUCCGCGGUCUGUUUCUGCGAUACUACCUCUCUGGGCAGGCUAGGGACUUCCUGCCCACCGGUGACUCAGACGGGCCCGAGGGAAACUUGCAGGACUCGAUCAACUUCAUCCUCACCAACUUUGUCGAAAUGAACAAGUUGUGGGUGCGGCUACAGCACCAGGGCCACUCGAGGGAACGCGACCAGAGGACACAGGAGAGGAAAGAGCUCCAGCUCUUAGUUGGCAGCAAUAUUGUCCGUCUCAGUCAGCUGGUAGAUCUCUCCGCUUACAAGAACGGCAUCCUGGCGCCUCUCCUGGAGCAGGUCGUGCAGUGCAGAGACGUCUUGGCCCAGGAAUACUUGCUCGAGGUCAUAACCCAGGUCUUCCCAGACGAGUUCCAUCUGCACACGCUCGACCAGUUUCUUGCCGCAGUAUCCAGAUUGAAUCCUCACGUCAACGUCAAGGCCAUCGUUAUUGGCCUAAUGGACCGCCUAUCCGAUUAUGCCGAGCGCGAAUCCCAGAACGAGACGGUUGAGGAUAGGGGCAAGGCCGAGGAGGAGGCGCUUGCAGAGCUCUUGGAAAAGAUCAAGCUUGGGAAAUCGGCUGUUUCUGGUCAAGGGCAAAGUUCGGCGGCCCCUCGAGAUUCCACUCAACCCCCUCGCAAUGGUGACCUUUUCGACAGCGAGGUUACCCCAGGCGCAGAAAACUUGGGUGCCGAUAACGAACCAACGCCUUCGAUCGCGGAUACAGAAGCAACUGCAGUCAAUGGAGAAGAACCGGAGCCUCCCAAGAAGCACAGGGGAAUUCCUGAGAAUGUCCGGUUAUACGAAAUCUUCUUCGGGCAGGUCAAGAAUUUGGUCCAGGCACAGCAUCUUCCAAUCCAAGAUACGAUCGCCCUUUGCGGCUCGCUCACGAAUCUGGCAUUAAACAUCUACCCGGAGAGGCUCGACUACGUGGAUCAAAUUCUCGAUUUUGCCAACACAAAGGUCAAAGACCACGCCAAUAGCGCUGACCUGCAUUCGCAGCCCGCACAGCAGAGCCUCCUAGCCCUUCUUCAGAGCCCACUAAAGAGAUAUGUGACGAUAUUUACAGCUUUAUCUCUGCCGACCUAUGUUCCUUUGUUCCAGUCUCAAACGUACCCCACGCGCAGGGCUGUUGCUGGCGAGGUCGCGAGGACUCUGCUCAGGAAUCAGACCCUGAUAUCGACGCCAGCACAGCUCGAAAACGUUCUCGAAAUAUUGAAGGUUCUCAUUAAAGAAGGGUCGCAGGCGCCUGCAGGGUACCCUGGAGUUGUGCAGCAACGUACUCGCGUGUUGGAGACGGAUGAGACAAUGGAGGAGCAAGGCUGGCUGGCACGCCUCGUCCAUCUGCUGCACUCUGAGGAUAAUGACACACAGUUCCGCCUGCUUCAAAUGACAGGGAAGGCGUAUUCUGAAGGGAACGAAAGGAUCAGGACCACUACACCGCCCCUCAUCACAGCCGGUCUGAAGCUCGCUCGACGCUUCAAGGCUCGGGAGCACUACGCCGACAACUUCUCUUCGCAGUCUUCGGCACUUUUCAAGUUUCUCCAUGCAACCGUAUCAACGCUGUAUUCCCGAGUUAAUGGGGCUGGUGCAGCCGAACACGCUCUGCGCCUAUUCUGCGCUUGUGGGCAAACUGCUGACAUGACCGGGUUUGAGGAGGUCGCGUACGAGUUCUUUGCGCAAGCAUUUACUGUGUACGAAGAGGCCGUGAGCGACUCCAAGGCCCAGUUCCAAGCCGUCUGUGUUAUUGCUAGCGCUUUGCACCGUACGCGGAAUUUUGGCAAGGAAAACUACGAUACCCUGAUUACAAAAUGUGCGCAGCAUGCCAGCAAACUGCUCCGCAAGCCCGACCAAUGCCGGGCGGUUUACCUGGCAAGCCACCUGUGGUGGGCGACACCUGUUCCGAGUACCAAGGAAGGGGAAGAAGUCGAGGUCUACCGCGAUGGGAAGCGUGUAUUGGAAUGUCUGCAGCGCGCUCUACGUGUUGCAGACUCAUGUAUGGAAACCGCCACAUCCAUUGAGCUGUUUGUAGAGAUCUUGGAUAGAUAUGUGUAUUACUUUGACCAGAAGAAUGAGUCGGUCACGACCAAGUACCUCAAUGGCCUCAUUGAACUCAUCCACUCUAAUUUGGCUGGCAACCAGCAAGACUCUGCUUCGGUUGAAGCGAGCAGAAAGCACUUCCUGCAAACACUCGAGAUGAUUAAGAGCAAAGAGUACGAAGGAGUCGUAUUGACUGCGAAAUAAAGAGCGCAAACGGAUUGAUCGUCUGUGAAGGCAUGACCUAAACGACUUGGCUGUGUUCUAGUCGGUCACGGAUCCUAGGGAUAGACAGAUAGCGCGGAGCUACAUGCUCUGCUGCAGAGCGGAAGAGGGCGAGAGCGAGAGAGCGAGAGAGCGAAAGUAGAGACAGGGGAGGGCGUGUAAACCGCAGACAAGGGUCAACCAACUUGAAUCACAGAUCGCAUACUCGCAGAGAGAAGAGGUAAACCCAUCAAAUCCAUCCAUCUUGCGCCCUAUCAUCACUACCACUGCCACACGCCACCACCGAGAGGAACUUUCCUUGCCUGUAUAUUUUUAUUGUAAAUAUGUCCCCUCGCUAGCGUCCCCAUGCCCCCCCAAAUACGGGGGCGGCUUUGGCACGGUAGCGUAUUAAUUACCUCUAUAAAUGGAGUCUUGCAUCCCGU